CAGAUUGACGGUGACAGAGGGGGAACCUUGGACCUGUUCUUGGUAGGAAGACUGAUCACAGUGAGUUGUGAAAAUGCCAGUUAUUAAUGUAGAUGAUUUGACAGACAAGGAUAAAGCAAAAAUGGAGGUCGAUCAGCUUAAAAUUGAAGUGAAGCUGGAGAGAGCUCUGGUAUCAAAAUGCUGUGAGGAGGUCAGAGAUUACAUUCAAGCUGGAGCAGAAGAGGAUCCUCUUGUCAAGGGCAUUCCUGAAGAGAAAAACCCAUUCAAAGAGAAAGGCGGGUGUGUAAUUUCCUGAACUGGACAGUAGACAAGUCGUCCUCCUGCAGCUUAGCCACUCCAGCAUUCAUAGCAUGUAGAAUUAGGUUUUCUGGACUGAAAAUGAAAGGUGUGGGACGUUGAAAACAUCUACUAUCCCCAAGACCUGCUUCAGAGUAUGAAUUCCCACUGUACUUUCCCUGCAAAGCGAGAUAAUAAAUAAAAUAAUUGUCUACAAGGAUUGUCAGAGCUUUAUUUGAGUGUUUUCCCUCUUGGGCAAGUCUGUAGU